UGAUUCAUACCACAGUAAUAAUAACGGCUGGAGAUUUGGGGCAAAGCUUAAAAUCAUCAUUCUCGAUCAUUCGAAUCACCGUGUUGGAGCAUGUAACCAUAGAGAUCUGUACAUCCUCGUUUAGAAUUGUCUUCUUUUGUUUUUAGGUAACAUCCAAUACAUAUUUGGCGAACAAACACUGCCAGUUGGACGCUGGUGCUAUUCAAAAUGAAGCGAGUGUUUUCAAGAGGCACAGUUCUUUUCCUUUGGUUGGGUUUUGCGUUGUAUUUCUUCGUGGCUCAAAUCAGCAUUUUUCGAGUUACCUCCCAUGUUGAAAAGACAAGCACUAUUCCGAGGCUAGGCAGCGGGUCUGGGGGAGAAAUCAACGACAAGAAGACCCUUUUGGAAGUACACGUUCCGCUCAAUGUGCCGACGAGACAAAUUGAUAGCUUGCCAUCGUGUGAUAUCCUAGAAGACCCUUUGUUCCCUCUAUGUUCCAUGAAAAUUAAAGAAUUCAACAAGACGUGGGACCAAAAAUGUCACGGAGAUAAAUAUAAAGUAGACCCAAAUAACAUGUGUUCUGUUAUUCAGUAUUUGAGCGAGAUACAAGCCUGGUGUCCUGUAUUACCAUGGCGACGACACAGAAAUCCCUUUAAUGGGGCAACGGAGUGGCAAAAGACAACCAUUCAGACAAAUCUCUCCGCACUUCUCGGCAAGUUCAAAGGCAAGAGAUACGCUUGGAUAUGCAAACGAAUCCGUGGAACCUGGCCUCACUGGCUUACAGCUAUUGAAGAACUGGGAAAGUGGGCGAAUUUGUAUGGGACGAGAAGAAAGAAGAUCUUGAUCUACAUGGCCGGAAUGGGGGAGCACAAAUUCUUUCUGGAUGAGGCCUUUUUGGGAGGGCCUUUGGGAGAGCUGGCCCAGUGGUGUGAUCUUAUAAGCGCCCUGUACAUUUUAGGCCACGAUCUAAUCAUCGCCUUUCAAGUGGAAGAUGUCCCACGUACCCUAAUGAACUCCGCUUCAGAUGGUUGUGCGCGACAGAACAUGACGGAUGGAUUGGAUCUCAUUUUCACAGAUAUCAUGGGAGUGCUGAUCAUAGCAGAACGGAGCGGUCCGGACUAUUCACGACACAAAUGCAAGUUGCGCGUCCUUGACUCAUUUGGAACAGAUGCGGAAUUUAACUACAAAUAUUACCAAGAGAAGAUUCCUGGCGGCAGAUCUGUUUGGGGAGAUCUCGACCUUCAGCUGGCUCAGUUUAUGACAAUGUAUCCACACAGUCCAGAUAACUCGUUCCUUGGUUUUGCGGUUCCACGACGAUCAAAAGAAAAUAGAACCCGACUUAAAAGACUAAAGACGCGGAAGGCGGCCUUGAUAUAUGGAAAAGAUCCAUUAUUUUGGAAAGGUUAUGGCAACUACAUCAACACAGUGAAAAGAUACUUCAGCGAAGUUCACGCCACACUAGGCGGAACUAGCGAUCGUCAACGGCAGUAUGGCGUGCCUGAAUAUGUGAUAAACCAUGGGAUUGUGAAUAUAACAACGCUUAUCAAUCUGUUGGAGUCUAGCAAGGUGUUUGUUGGUCUUGGCCAGCCUUUCGAAGGACCAGCAGCCCUUGAGGCCUUGGCCAAUGGAUGUUUCUUUCUUAAUCCCAAGUUUGUUCCUCCAUUAGAUCGCACGAACGCUGGCUUUUUUGCUGGUAAACCCUUCAAUAGAAAGGUAAUGAACUUGAACUAGUGAUAAAACAAAAACAUUAAAGGUCGAGAAAGGACGCUAAUGUAGGACGAAUGUGUUAGGUGAAAUCAUGAUGAACGUCGAUCGAUGGAGGCAAAUCAAGCCAAAUUUGCCAGGGACACUUAAAAUAUGGCAACCUGGCCAAUAUGGGGGGCUCUGUGGCAACUUCAGGGGCGUGACUAGGGGGUUCUUGGGGUGCCCGUGAACCCCCCUUUUGUAAGUCUUUUUUUAAGCAAACAACCUAUAACAGCGGGGAAAGCGACUUGAAAA